AUUUCUAGGGUUUAAUCUGCUCUCCGCUCAUUUCAUACACAACCCUACACACCAGAGGAAGAAGAAGGAGAAGCAGCAACAACAGCAGCCGUCAGUAACAAUGGUGAAACCAAGGAAAGUUAGCAGAAACCCAGAUCUUGUUAAGGGUAUUGGAAAGUUCAGCAGAUCAAAGAUGUACCACAAGAGAGGUCUUUGGGCUAUCAAAGCCAAAAAUGGCGGCGUUUUCCCAACCCACCCACCUAAGUCUGCGUCUCCCGCUCAAGCCGAGAAGCCGUCUAAGUUCUACCCAGCCGAUGACAUCAAGAAGCCGUUGAUCAACAAGCGCAAACCCAAACCCACCAAGCUCAGGGCAAGUAUCACACCUGGGACAGUGUUGAUUGUAUUAGCUGGGAGGUUUAAGGGAAAACGAGUUGUGUUUUUGAAGCAACUCUCAUCUGGGUUACUUCUAAUUACUGGUCCCUUUAAGAUUAAUGGCGUUCCUCUUAGACGUGUCAAUCAAGCAUAUGUAAUUGGUACCUCUACUAAAGUUGAUAUUUCUGGAGUGGAUGUGUCAAACAUUGAUGACAAAUUCUUCGCAAAGCAAGGUGAACAGAAGAAAAAGAAGGGAGAAGGAGAAUUUUUUGAGGCAGAGAAGGAGGCGAAGAAUGAGCUUCCAUCAGAGAAGAAAGAUGCUCAAAAGACAGUUGAUGCUCCUUUAACUAAGAACAUUGCAGCUGUUCCUGAGUUGAAGGCCUAUUUGGCAGCAAGGUUUUCAUUGAAGUCAGGCAUGAAACCUCACGAGCUUAUCUUUUAGAGGAGUUAACUAGAGAUUUACUUAAGAUUUUGCUACCUUCUUAUUGAAGCUGUUUUCUUUUCCUGAUAUGUUUACGAACUUUUAUGUGAUAUUAGACUUGUAUGGAAGCCUUCAAAUUUUGUUAGAUGCAGUGAUUAUGUCCUUUUGUUGACUUGCUUUUUUAUAAAUACAAAUUGUGACUAUUCAUUGUC